AGUGAGUCGUUCGAUCGAACUUAUUCCGAACGAUUCGAUACAACUCUAGUAUACACAAAAGGUUUAAAAUAAGUACUUUUCUUGUGUGAUAAACAGCAAAGUGUAUUAAAGGAUACUUCAAAACGGCAACUUAAAAGCAAAGUUCGCAAUAACAAACCGCAACAUGGAGCCUACAUUAUAGUUUUGCGUGCAUCGGCUGCUGGAAAACGUGGUUUUUCAGUUAAACUCAGAGAAUUGCAAAGUCAACACGCAGGGUCAGUCAGUGGCAGAGAUAAGCAGGAUCAUGACCUUGGAAACACAACCGGUUGGCGGGGGGCUGUGCGAUGGCAAGAUUGCUGGACUAUAUGAUCUAGAAGAGACACUCGGCUCGGGCCACUUUGCCGUUGUGAAGCUGGCCCGACAUGUGUUCACGGGUGCCAAAGUGGCAGUGAAAGUCGUCGAUAAAACAAAGCUUGACGAGGUGUCCAAAGCGCAUUUGUUUCAGGAAGUUCGCUGCAUGAAGCUAGUCCAGCAUCCAAAUGUGGUGCGGCUCUAUGAGGUCAUUGACACACAGACCAAGCUAUAUCUGGUGCUGGAACUGGGCGAUGGUGGCGAUCUUUAUGAUUAUAUAAUGAAACACGAUGCCGGACUGAGCGAGGAGCUGGCGCGCAAGUAUUUCCGGCAGAUACUUCGCGCGAUCACGUACUGUCAUCAGCUGCACGUAGUGCACAGAGACCUGAAGCCAGAGAAUGUCGUAUUUUUCGAAAAGUUGGGCCUUGUCAAGCUCACGGAUUUUGGGUUUAGCAACAAAUUCUCGCCGGGCCAAAAGCUGGAGACAUUUUGUGGCAGUCUCGCAUAUUCGGCCCCAGAAAUUCUAUUGGGCGAUUCAUACGAUGCGCCCGCCGUAGAUAUUUGGUCACUGGGCGUUAUACUGUAUAUGCUGGUUUGUGGCCAGGCGCCUUUUGAGAAGGCCAACGAUUCCGAGACGCUGACCAUGAUUAUGGAUUGCAAGUACACGGUGCCUUCGCACGUGACACAAGAAUGUCGCAGCUUAAUUGCAACAAUGCUGGUACGAGAUCCAAAGAAACGCGCCACUGUUGAGGAAAUCGCAUCAUCCGCUUGGCUAAAGCAAACCGAUGAGCCCGACUCUGUGGAGCAUUCACUGCCACUGGUCAGCCGAGAACAACUAAGUGAAGAGGAUCAUGCCUUUAUUAUACAGAAAAUGAUAAACGGAAACAUUGCGUCCAAGGAAGAGAUACUGCAAGCUCUGGAUAAAAAUAAGUACAAUCAUAUUACGGCCACAUAUUUUUUGUUGGCUGAACUGCGUUUGCGCAGGCGGCGAGAGGAGGCAAACAAGCAAAAGCUUCAUGAGGCUGGCCUAAAACUGGGUGACGUUAAUCGCAGGCCCGUCGCAGAUAAGCCGAGUCCAACGGAAAGUCCCAAAGUAGUUGUGCCUAUUAGCAUUAAUGUGACGCCGGCAGCACAAUUUGGCAAUGAUAAUGCCAAGCCCGAUAAGCGAACUCGCAAAUGCAGUAUUGUGCGGGAGGAGGACGAAGAGGAGUCUGCCAAUGAGGGCUGUGGCAUUGGAAAUGAGCUAAAAGUGGCUUUAACGCGACGUGAGUCCAUUUCCGAUGGACGCCUUAAUCGCUCGGUGGAGGAGCACAGCAGCUCGUCAGCACCUGUACCAGCAGCCGAUGUGCCAACAAAUACACGCACAAAGAUUGUCGUGUCCGUUGAUACGACGCUUGCUCAAAAGCUAAAGCAAAUGGAAAAAUGUGCCAAGGUGGAUGAGGAUACAUUAAGUGGCUUAAAAGAACUAGAGAUUGGAAAGCUAAAGCCAUUGCCCAGCAGUAGCAAGAAUCCUGUGCUGACGCAUCGCCGUACAAAGUUAAACAAGAUACGUACGCCAUCGUGCAGCAGCUCCGAGGCAUCCGACGAUGAUACAAAGACACGUAACAAGAAGAAGAUUAACAAAUUUGUUGGCGAUACUCCCAUCAGAUUUCGCAUGCAUCGGCGAGACUCACAUGAUGACUCCAGCGAUUCGCAGGAUCAAUUGUAUCCACCACCCGGCUCCAAUAGCAGCGGUGCCAAUUUCAUUUCAAAUAGUAAUUCCGGCGUGAGUGGCAAGAAGGAGGAGCAGGGACAGAAUAAAGAGCCAAAUAAAUCCGAGGAAACUCGCAAAUCUCACACACAAAAGAAUAGAAAACAGCAUAAGGAACAUGUUGAUAAACAUUCCCAAGCGGAAAAACAGCAAUUGGCGGUUUUAGAUUUUACCCCAACAACGCGAAGACGGCGCAUUCGCGAGAGCCAAUCCCUGGAUCGCAUUACAGAGGCUCAGGAGUACGAACUGCGUCACCGCAGCUAUAUAAAUGAAGCAGCAGCCGCCGGUGGUACAACAGCUGCGACAGGCCAACAACAUAUCGAGCAAAGAAAUUCAUUAUUCAAUUUAAACACAUUCUCAGUUGCCGAAACUAAAGAAGAAUAUGACGAGGAGUCCGAAAUCAGGUCGGACAAAGAUACCACGGACCAAAUUAUGAACACAUUGAAUGCAGCCAAAGCAACGCUUCAGCAAAAGCAAUAUUUUAAUGACAACAAUUAUAGUAAGAACUAUAAUAUCUUUAAUAAUAACAACAACAACAACAACAGAAACAACAGUAGUAGCAACAAUAACAACAACACCAACACCAACAAAAAGAAAUCCAACGAAACACCAAAAGAUAUUUAUAAUCUAAAUUCAAUCGAGGAAAUCGAUUUGAUUUUGGAAGAUAAAAGCCUUACCAAAGCAAUACAUGUUACCGGCUCUAAAUGCUUUGUUACUAUGAAGAAAAUUCGUAGGCUCGGAAAGUAUUUUCCGGUAGUGAACUUUUCUUAAUAGUUAUCGUUAAAUAUAGCUGCAAAGUGCAUUCUAAAUCUUAAAACGUAGAAAAUAUGUAGGAAAUAUGCAUGUACGUGUAUGUAUAACAAAAAACAAAAACAAAAAAAAAAGAAAAAGCAAAAAGUUUAUAAAAAUACAUAUACGACAAUUUAAUAUUAGCUGUAGAGUAAUUUAAUUUAUUAUGCAAUCUUUAACUAGCAAUAAAAGAAAGGCACAUUUUUUGACAUUAUGCUAAACUCAUUUACUAAUGAGAACGUUGCCUAAUCUCGAAACACCAUU